AUGUCAUCCAAUCUCUACACAUUUUCAUCAGAAACUCUAUCUGGAUUGAAGAAGUUUCGGUUCGGAAGUUCGAGAGCCACACAACCACAAGCGGUCAUAUAUGAGAUCGAUAAAGAAACCAAUGAAAUCAAACAACAAGAAGUGGACGGUGACAUAGAUUCGAUAGAGACAUUAGUCGAAGAAUUACCCGACAACAACCCAAGAUUUAUCGUCUUGUCUUAUCCCAUAAAGACGAAAGACGGUAGAUUGCAAUCACCAUUGGUGAUGUUGUAUUGGAUUCCACCAACAUCGAAUCAAGCCAACAAGAUGUUAUAUGCAGGAGCAGUUGAACAGUUUAGAGACAAAGCUGGUGUAUCAAAGUUAAUCAAAAUUGAAGAUGAAGAUGACUUUGACGACAUUGAAGAGCAGCUAUGA